AUGAUAAGGAAGGCAAACCUUGCAGAGAAGGGAAUUAUCAAUCGGAACACAUCGCUGCGCGUGUUCAUCAUACUACCUACGAAAGUACGAAGCCGUCAGGAAGGAAGAGCCCUCAAAAAACGUUUACCACUUAACCCCCUUGAAACUCCUUGUAAUCACCAUCCCACCCCACCCCCCCUCCGUCCCCCACGGGGCUCUUCUUCCCCCGGUUAUUCGUUCGCCUCUCCCAAAACCCUAGCCCUCCGCGAGCGCGCGAUCCCCGAAACCCUAACCCCGCCUUCCCCUCCACAUCGGCGCCGUCACAUGGCCUCCCGGGGAGCCUACGACGGCGGCUCCGGCGCCGGAGGCAAGAUCCGGAGGCGCCCCCCGUCCCGCGCCGCCGCCGCCUCGCCCUACGCGCGCCCCGCCCCCGCAUCCGCGGCGACGCGCCUCGGCGGCGGCGGCGGCGGCGGCGGCAGCGGCGGGUGGUUCUCCCGCCUCGUGGCCAGCGGCGCCUCGCUCCUCCUGCCCUCCGUGUUCCGCAAGCCGCCGCCGCCGCAGCCGGAGCACGAGCGGGAGCGGGAGCAUCUCGGCGAGCCGCCUUCGCUGCCCGAGUUGCUCGAGGAGGCGCCCUCGCAGGCGGAGACGCUCGAUACUCCGCCGUCGCCUCCGCCUCCGCCUCUAGAAGAUGACAUUCCGGAAGAAGAAGAAGAGGGCACCGGAACCGUGGCUAAUAAUUCUGCCAAAGAUGGAGAUGACAUUCUUAGAAGGUCUGAUAGCUAUGACGUUAUGGAUCUUGAAGAACUAUUGAAACAGAGGACAUUCACGAGGAGUGAAUUUGAAUAUUUGUCUGAGUUGUUGUUAUCUAGAACGGUUGGGUCCAAAUUAUUGAUUCCAGGAGUUGGUAAUAUGAAGAAAAUGCAUUUUCCUGAGAAGGAUCAAGUUGCUUCACCUGCAGAACUUGCAAAGGCAUACAUGGGUUCAAGAUCUUCUAAGGGAUCACCAUUACGUCUUAGAUUGCAUGACCCCUCUGUACUUUCCAAAUCGAUAGAAGCUAAUACAACACAAAUAACGAGGCCUCCCACCCUCUCUCUGCUCGCGAGUGCAAGAAAUCAUGCUCCAACCACCUCUGAUCGUCUUGGGAGCAACUACACGACACCAAAUAGAUCAGCAAUAUACAAAAUGUCAUCAUCUCCUUAUUUUAAGAGUGCUGUUUCUUCCAGGGAUUUGUUUGGUACUGUAUCUCCAUAUCAGGCUCCAAGCAGCCUUCAUACAUUUGGAAGGCAGGUUCUGAAGAGGAAGAGUGCUGCUCUCAAUAACGAGAGUGCCUCUGUUGGUCCCAUACGCAAAAUGCAUCAGAGGUACAACAGAGUGUCACCACUGUUGCAAACUCGGUCAGGCCACCGUGGAUAUAGUGGUAGUCAUGCUAGCAAACUUGAUGAAGGUUUGGAACACUCAGUACAAAGUCAAAAACGUAGGUGUCUGGAUAAAGUUGGUGAUAUUACUCGAAGUGGUGUACAUGACAGAGCAAAUGAUAGCAGUUUUGGUCAGGCACCAGCACAGUCAAUUCAAAUGGCUGCAAAGAUAUUGAAGCAGCUUGAUACGAUAAUUCCUUCACAGAAGGAAGGCACAUUAGCAACAAGGCAAAAGCAUGUGGACAUCUUAGAUGUUGAGGAUCCUAUUUCUCAGAAAACUGAAGUAUCAGCACAGGGCAGUCUUUUGAAACCAUCUUCGUCACGAGUUAAGGAGUCUUUACCUAAUAACUCCAACUGCGCUGCUAAAUUUACCUCCGCCGCAAAAGACAGCAAUACUGUUGAUGCUACAUCUGACAAAUCAGCUAAAUUGAUGCCCAAGGAUUGGUUGGAGAUGGAUAACUGUAGGGGAAGUACAAAGUUGUCACUCAACCAAGGAAAUGAUAAAACUGAGAGAAAGCAAUCACCAAUCCCAGAGAAUAAUGAUAUGAGUUCUGGAAUAAUAAACAAGGAGAAACCUCCAACAUUGCCUUUGAGAAGUCAUGCUCCUUCAAAUCUAGUAUUAUCCAGUGAAAUUGACCGAAACAAAAUCCUAGCAUCAUCAAAUGGCUUUUCAUUCCCGGUUCCGGCUGCUCUGACUGGCCAUUCUCAGGCCCCUCCAACACCUACUUUGGCAUCUCCACCUGUACUAUCUGUUGAGAAGCAGCAGCUGUCUGCAUCAUCUAGUGCACCAGUUACUUCAGUGGAAAGUAUUCCAAGGGUUUUCAAACCAGUUUCAGAAGAAGCCUCAGUUUCUAACCAACGUGAUACAAAGUCGAAUACAGAUAAACCACCAAUUUCUCAAAGCUCUGGGCAAAUUGUUUCUUUCACUAGUAAUCCAGUAUUUAACGUCAUCUCCUCAAAACCAACAACCUUAAGCAAUGGCCUGGCAGAUACAACAAAAUCUGCUUCUGCUGCUGUAUUUCCUUCCAAUGGAUCAACCAAGUCAGUUUGUUCUACAAAUGCUGGCUCUUCAACACCUUCGUUCCCAAAGUUCUCAUUUCAGCCUGGAUUCCGAACAUCAACCUCUUCAGUGCAAUCUAGCGGUAUUCAAGAGCCUGCUAUAACAGCUCCAUUCAGCACUGUGAGUAGUUUAGCUGGGGGCAGUUCAUCGCCAUCCUCAAUGAUAUUUGCUGGUGCUACUUCUCAAUCUAGUUCCAUCACCACCAGUGGCAGUGUUCCCUUCCAAUUCUCUUCUCAAUCUAGCAGUGAAAGUUCAUUAGCUGGCCAAGACAAAUCCAAGGCAGCAAGCAGCAGUGCCCCUUUUAGUUUCUCUCCACAGUUUGGCAGUACAAGUCCGUUUGCAGGCCAGGGCAAAUCCAAUUCAGUCUCCUCUCAGUCUACUUUGCUGUCUGGAAGCCAAUUUAGCAAUUCACUAUCUGCACAGACUUCAACAAGCAAUUCAAACCUAUUAUCUUCAGAAAAAGUAAAUCCUGGGAGCUCGCCAAGCUUUGCAUUUGGUUCAUCAGCACCAGGCUCAAGCCCUGUGUUUUCGUUAGCAGUUGGUUCUGGCACUACUUCUGCAACACCUGCUUCAGCAUCUUCACCAAUUUUUUGCAACCGUUUAACUAGCACAAAUGCUCCACCUUUUGGCUCCCCUGCCACUUCACCUUUUAGCUCAACCUCGAGCCCUGUAUUCUCAUUUACCUCAGCUACGCCUACGAUACCAAAUGCAUCACCUACAACACCACUUUUUGGUACACCGAGCCCGACUGUUGGUUUAAGUACAGGAACUGAUCAGAUGAAUGGAGGUCAGAUGGCUGGGGACAAGAACCCGUUUGCUUUUUCAGCAGCUUCACCCUUUGGUCUUCCAAGCAGUUCACCAUCCACUCCAACUCUGUUUAGUACGCCAGCAACUCAGUUUGCUUCAGCUACAUCCGCUUCACCGGGCAUGUUCCAAUUUGGCCAGCAUAGUCAAUCAUCCCCAGGUGGCUUCUCAAUAGGCACUACUGGUGGCAACAGUGAAAAGUCUGCAAGAAGAAUUCUAAAAGUUAAGCGAAAGAAAUAAGUCACUUCGUCCUCUGUCAAGGACAAGGAUCAUGAGAACUUAUUACAGCCUGCAUUGCAAAUUGCUCUGGUUUUUCAGGGCUGAGGCGAUCGGCAAACAGAAAUUCACAUUUCUUCAUUUUAUACCAGGAGUGUUUGCCUGAGCUGGCAAAGAUGCCAGUGUUUUCUUUUGGCUGAUCCGAAUUUUGGCACAUGAGCUAUGGAGGUACCCAAUGGACUGUUUUUUGAACUGAAUUUUUGUAUGAUUUAUCCUCUCAUGAACCAUUGCGAAUUUGUUAAAAUUUGAAUGUCAUCUGUUCUUACAAACCUGGCAUUGAUUCUGUGUACCUCUUCUACUCUAUUCUCCCAUAUCGAUAUAUGGUCGAACGGGUACAAUUUCAUUUA